GUUUUCGUGACCAGUCCUAAAAGCACCAGGCAAGGCGGACUGCGACGGCGCAGUAGCUGUUACCUUGCUAAGCAACGAGGGGAGGAGAGAUAACAAACGUGGCGACCUUUUCUGCACGGCAAAGCACACAGCAAGUCGCGAAUAAACACAUGAUGAUCAUGGCGGCGCUGAGACCACCACUACACCAGAGAGCUGCUGCUGCUGCUGCUCCCGUUGCGAGGUGGUCCACGUGGCCUCUUCUUGCCUUGGUCCUCGUAGCAGCAUCGGUGGCGGAAGCGGGAGUGCUGGUCGGUAGCGCCCAAGCCGGCGGCGCUGACCUGGCCGGCUACAGCACCAGCACCUGGGACUCGUCGCCGUUCAAUCUUGGCAGCAUCACGGAUAACAAUCUCGGCGUGCUGGCCAAGUCUUGCUCAGACAAGUUCUGCCGGGCGGGAGUCGACGGCCUCGACCUUUGGGUUUCCUUCGAGGAGGUUUGUACGGUGAUGCCUCAGCCGUACUUCGCGGCCAGACUCGGGGACGAGAGCGGCGCGACCGCCGGCCUCCCCGCCUCCGGCUCGGACGGUUAUUGGCACCCCGUAAUUGUCGGUGCUCUGUGCGCCGCCAUCGGAGUCGCCGGCGUGAUCGGAGGGUUCUCGCUCGGAACGAGGUCCAGCUCCAGCGCGUAUUGCAAGAGCGUUUACUAGUCUUUAGCUGCAAGCGUUAUCUGUGUUGGUGGGGGGGGAGGGGGGGG